AUGCCUUCGGAACAAGGACACCGCCUCUACGUCAAGGGACGUCACCUGAGCUUCCAGCGCAGCAAGCACGCCCUCACCCCCAACACCAGCUUGAUCAAGAUUGAGGGUGUUGAUGACACUAAGUCCGCCAAGUUCUACCUCGGCAAGAAGGUCGCUUUCGUUUACCGUGCUAAGCGUGAGGUCCGCGGCUCCAACAUUCGGGUGAUCUGGGGCAAGGUCACCCGGUCGCACGGCAACUCCGGUGUUGUGCGCGCCAAGUUCCGCAACAACCUCCCCCCCAAGUCCCUCGGCGCCACCGUCCGUGUCAUGCUCUACCCCUCCAACAUCUAA